CGGGGAGGGUGGGGGGGGGCUGCGGCCUUGGGGGGGGGGGGGGCGCUGACCUCUGCCCCCUGGCCUCGGCGACCUCUGCCCUCCAGGGUGACCUCUGUCCGCCGGGGGGGGGCCGGGGGCUCCCCUGGGCCUAGCGAGGGCCGGCGGCCCGCACCGGGGCUAGGGGCUCCCUGCGGCGGGGGGGCGGGCCUCCCCCGUGCUGCCCCGCGGCCCUGGGGGUCCCACCGGCCCCGCACCCCAGGCCUAGGCCCGGCCUCUGCCCGGUGCGGGCCGCAGGCCGUGGCCGUCGGGGUUUCGCUGUGUCCCGGCCGCCCCCCAUGCCGGAAAUCCUGAGGAAGCCGCGGCCCGGGGAUCGGGGGGGGGGGUGUCCCACGGUGGGGAGUCCCGGUGGAGCACUGCCCCGGGCGGGGGUCUUGGUCCGCACCGCACCUCCGCCGCCAGUAAUACCGGUCUGCGGCGGGAAGGGUGAAGGCCAGGCCCGGUCAGGGCAGCGGGGCCUCAGAGCACCCUGGAACCCACCGGCUCGGGGGGCUGCGAGCGGGGUGGCCCCGGGGGGGGUCUGCCUGCGGGUUUGGUGUCGUCGGGUGAGCACCGCGGCACCUCGCCACCGCCGGGCUUCAUGUGAGAGAUGGCGAAUGCCGAAGUGAGCGUCCCUGUGGGUGAUGUGGUGGUUGUACCAAGUGACGGAAACGAAGGGGAGAACCCGGAGGAUACCAAAACCCAAGUGAUCUUGCAGCUCCAGCCGGUGCAGCAAGGGAUUUACCAAGAGGGCUCCGAGGCCAGCGCCGCCGUAGUGGCCGUCGAAACCCACACCAUCCACAAGCUAGAAGAAGGGAUCGACCCCAGCACCAUUGAAACAAACGAGGAAAUCGAGAUUGCCUAUCCCAUCACCUGUGGGGAGAGCAAAGCCAUCCUGCUCUGGAAGAAGUUUGUCUGUCCAGGAAUUAACGUCAAGUGUGUAAAGUUCAAUGACCAACUGAUCAGCCCGAAGCAUUUUGUUCACCUGGCUGGGAAGUCUACCCUAAAGGACUGGAAGAGAGCCAUUCGCCUUGGAGGAAUCAUGCUGAGGAAGAUGAUGGACUCGGGGCAAAUCGACUUCUACCAGCACGACAAAGUUUGUACCAACACAUGUCGAAGCACCAAGUUUGAUCUCCUGAUCAGCAGCGCCAGAGCACCGGUGCCGGGGCAGCAGAGUGUGGUGCAGACUCCUACAUCAGCCGACGGGAGCAUCACCCAGAUCGCGCUGUCGGAGGAGAGCAUGGAGGAGGGGAUCGAGUGGAACUCGGCUCUGACGGCUGCCGUCACCAUGGCCACUGAGGAAGGCCUGAAAAAGGACACGGAUGAGAUCUCGGAGGACACGCUGAUGUUCUGGAAGGGAAUAGCUGAUGUGGGGCUGAUGGAAGAGGUCGUAUGCAACAUCCAGAAGGAGAUAGAAGAAGUCCUACGAGGAGUCCAGCAGAGAUUGGGUCAGUCUCCCUUCCAGAUGACAGAUGCUGCAGUCUUGAACAACGUUGCCCACACGUUUGGCCUAAUGGACACAGUCAAGAAGGUUCUGGACAACAGGAAAAACCAGACAGAGCAGGGAGAGGAACAGUUUCUUUACACGUUGGCAGACCUGGAGCGGCAGCUGGAAGAGCAGAAGAAACUCGCCAAAGACCAGAAGGCGAAGUCCCAAACCAUCCAGAACGUGGUGCUGAUGCCUGUCAGCGCUCCCAAACCCCCCAAGAGACCCCGCCUGCAGCGCCCAGCCUCCGCCACCGUCCUCAGCCCCUCCACCCCCAUCCAGCAACCUCAGUUCACGGUCAUCUCACCCAUCGCCAUCGCACCCGUCGGACAACAGUUCUCCGUGGGCAACAUCCCGGUGGCGACUAUUAGCCAAGGCUCCAGCCCGGUGACUGUUCAUACCUUGCCGUCUGGUUCCCAGCUCUUCCGAUACGCCACCGUGGUGUCCUCCUCCAAAACCAGCUCCUCUGACACGGUCACCCUCCACCCGUCCUCCAGCCUGGCGCUGCUGAGCUCGGCGGCCGUGCAGGACAGCGGUGCCCUGGCGAAUAUGGCAGCUGUGGUCAAUCCCGUGGAAUUGGUGGCCAUGGAAUCCGGCCUCACUUCCACCAUCCAAGCUGUGGAAGGUACGUCGGACGACGGACAAACCAUCAUAGAGAUCGACCCGGCGCCGGAUCCCGAAGCGGAUACGGAUGAGUCGGAAGGCAAAGCUGUGAUCCUGGAGACAGAGCUGAGGACUGAGGAGAAAGUGGUGGGAGAUGUGGAGGAUCAUCAGCACCAGGUCCAUAACGUGGAGAUUGUGGUCUUGGAGGACUAGUGGGGAAGGCAAGCAUCAGUUUGGGGAAGAGUUGGGAAUUUGUUUUAUUUUGGGCUUUUUUGUUAAGCAUCUUUUCCAGCCACCCCAUUUGUUUCCAUGGAUAUUUUCAUUGUACUGUAUAUAAUAUAUAUAUAAUUUUUUUUUUUUUUUUAAAACAAAAAAGCUGGAGAAACACGUGAGACCUGGAAAAGGCUCUGUCUCCGUGGAGCACUGAACUAUACCGCCUGUUUGCAGGGUCAAGGAGAGACUGGAUCUCUGCUGAACAACCCAACCGGGAGGAACUGGACGAGGGUUCCCGGCGCUGAGCACACGCCGUGGCCCAGCCACACGCAUGGUGCUUCUGCUCCGGGCCUGCCCUGGCCCCGAUUAUUUUAUUUCAGAGAAACAAUAACCAGUGGCUGGAGCGUUGGUGUGACUGUGGGAAGGGGUGAUGGCUUUGGGGUGGAAAAGGUACCUCAUUUGUAUUUUUAUUUUCCCCCAGGGAAGGGAAUUCUGUCAGACUCUUCACUGUCACCUCAACUGGGAUUUUUUAAUUAUUAUUCUUGCUUUGGGGAAGACGACAGUAACCCUGAUUUACUGUUCAUCUUCUCCUCAACACAAAUUGUUUUUAUAUCUAUAUUUUUUUGUAUUUGUUUGCUCUCCCUUCCCUUGUCCAGAUUUCCCAGCUGCACAGCCCUGGACCUACUCUCGCCGGUCUUGGGGUCCCCGUAUCCCAAAUCCCAUCUCUUCCCGUGGCACUUUGCCCCCUCAUCCCUUUCCCCGCCUGGCCAGGCUCGGUGCUGCAAACGCCGCUUGGGAGACUCCGACAUCACUUUAACCUUUUGCAUAAAGGAAAAAAAAAAGAAAAAAAAAAAAGGAAAAAAAAAUAUUAUCAACUCAAGCUUAAAACCACAACCUCCGCCUUCGCUGCUCAGCGCUGCAGGGACCUUUCAGGCUGUACAAAGCAUGUUGUGCCGUUGCUUUUCCGGGAGAGCUGGACUCCGGAUCGGGGCAGCUUCUGUUUACACUCUGUGCUGGGGCUGCUCCGUGCUUGUCGCUACUUGUUUGGUGGUUUUAUUUUUGUAUUUUUCUUCUUUCUUCCUAUAAUCUCUUGGCAGGAUUAGAACUGGCACGUUGCUGAAAUAAUGUGCGUUCUGUUGUUUUCACGCUUUCCUUCUGGGUUUGGUUUGGUUUUUUUUAUUUUUCGGUGGACGGGGGCCCUUCGGGCUUCACCGCGGUGGGAAGGUGGAAGAGGGGAAAAGCGCCGGGCGCUGUUGGAGUUGCGGAGGGUUGGGAAGGGGGGGAAGCUGCUU